UAGGGUGAAAUGACGUGUUGCAAGCAACAAGAUGAGAGCAGUUCAGCGGCGGAGGAAUAUUGGAACACGGCAGCCUGGCACAGUGGUGGCGUCGUCUGCUGGGAAGGGAUCAUGCUGCUCGUUCGUGCCUUUUUACCCGCCAGGAGCCUGGCUGCUGCAGGUCUGUGGUGCCGACAGAAGCACACACUGCCGGACCUGCCCUACGACUAUGGAGCGCUGGAGCCCACCAUUAAUGCAGAGAUCAUGCAGCUGCACCACUCCAAGCACCACCAGACCUAUGUCAACAACCUCAAUGUUGCUGAAGAGAAGCUGGCUGAAGCCAAAGAGAAAGGUGAUGUCAGCACAAUAAUCUCCUUGGCUCCAGCCCUCAAAUUUAAUGGUGGUGGACACAUAAACCAUUCCAUCUUCUGGCAGAAUUUGUCACCCGAUGGUGGAGAACCUGAAGGUGAACUACUGGCUGCAAUUAAUCGUGAUUUUGGUAGUGUUGAGAAUAUGAAGAACCAGCUGUCUGCACAGACUGUUGCUGUUCAAGGUUCUGGCUGGGGAUGGUUAGGUUACAAUAAGCAGAAGGGAACCCUGCAAAUUGCUACGUGUCCAAACCAGGAUCCUCUUGAAGCCACAACUGGUCUUGUUCCUCUCUUUGGCAUUGAUGUCUGGGAGCAUGCUUACUACCUGCAGUACAAGAAUGUCCGUCCAGAUUACGUGAAAGCCAUCUGGAAUGUUGCUAAUUGGAAGGAUAUUACUGCAAGGUUCAAUGCAGCAAAGUAAAAAAUGUUACAACCUAUUCCGGUUCUUAAAAUUGCAGAAGGUUUGUUUAUAUGCUACACUUAUGUUUGAAGAUAGAUGAAGUGUGGGAGCUGACAAAACAAAGAUGCAUAAAUAGUAUAUAACAACUUGACACAUAAAAUGAUGUGUAUAAGUGUAAUUACCAUUUAAUGAAUCAGUAAUAAAGUUGUCAUGGUUUAUUGUUGUUUCAGAGAUUAAGAAUGAAUCCACACUAAGACUAUUCAAUAUAAAUUAUCAUAAUAAAUUUGCAGUUCACUGUUGUAUGCUCUUGAAAAUUUUUUUGAGUCUAAUAUGCAUCUUUCUCAUGUCCAUAUAAUAUAUUAGCUUGGAAUUGUUUUGUAUAAACAGAACCACAGAAAAUUUGGAACUUAUAUAUAUAUGUAUAGUUUUGAUAUAUCAAUAAAUAAUCUUAUCUCA